CAAUUGUUGGGCCAGAACUGUAAAGAUCUGGAGCAGCUGACAUUCGGCGCUAGAGAUUUUGUCACGGAGAGAAUCUGACCCCAGCAAUUAAGAGACCUGGUUCGUUCUACUGUAUGAUAUAUUCACUAUCGUUGUAGGGCGUGUCGACUCCGCUCAUAUUUCAACAUAACAGCCAAGUAUAGGGUGGUGCCCACAUAAUAUCGACAACUUUUCUUCACCCACUUGUCACUUUUUCACGUCAGCGAAAGUUAAAGCCAUGGGAUUAUUGUGAUCAAGCAAGUUCAACGGUCAUCAUUCAGUCAACGACUGUGAGACAUUGACCAACAUGACCAAAAAAUCAUCAGAGACGGACGUACUGAUCGUCGGGUCGGGACCGGUGGGAGCUACCUUCGCCCGUGAGUUGAUUGACAAUCGUCCGGACUUGAGCGUCCUUAUGAUCGACAGUGGGGCCCAACUGUCCAAAACACCAGGGGAGCAUCUCAAGAAUUCUUUCCUGUACCAGCGGGACGUGAAUCUCUUCACCCAUGUGAUUGAGGGACACCUGGAGCCUGUGUCUGUCCCUACUGAUCAUUCACCCGUGCCGACUCUGGACCCGGGGGCCGCUCACUACCAGCGAACCAUACAAAACGGCCAGAAUCCUGAGCAGAACCCGGAGGAGAACCUGCCGGACAUCGCAGUGUGCUACGCCGUGGGCGGGAUGUCCACCCACUGGACCUGCUGCACACCCCGGGAACACCCCACCAUGGAGCGCUGGGACGGGAUAGACGACGAGGAGUGGGAGAGUCUGUACAGUCGUGCUGAGGAACUCUACAAAACUAACCAGACGGCUUUCGAAGACUCUGUGCGCAACACCGCUGUCAAGGACGCCCUUCGGCGGGAGUACGAGGGUGACUUGCCAUAUGACUACGACGUGCAGAACCUCCCACUGGCCUGUGAACGUCGCAAGGACAAGCCGGAAUUCGUAACCUGGAGCUCGGCCAGCACUGUUCUUGGGCCGCUGUUGGACAUGCCGAAAGAAAAGUUCAAGAUACUGGACCAGCACCAGUGUCUGGAGCUGGUCCAUGACGGCAGCAACGUGCAGUACGCUCUGGUCAGGAAUCUGGCUGACUGGAAUGAUAGGCCGCGGAUCCAGGCAAAGGUGUACGUGGUUUGUGCUGGAACAGUCCAGACACCACAGCUGCUCUACAGGUCUCACAUCCGCCCGGCCGCCCUGGGCCGCUACCUGUGUGAGCAGCCCAUGGCCUUCUGUCAGGUGGUGCUGCUGCAGGACAUCAUCGACUCCAUCUCCACACCGAGAGACGCUGAGAAGGACCACGACCCCAUUCCAAUCCCUAUUGAUGACCCAGAUCCUCAGGUAUGGAUCCCGGUGUCUGAGGAGCGACCUUGGCACUGCCAGAUCCACAGGGACGCCUUCUCGUACGGAGGCAUCAAGCCUAACGUGGACACCCGUCUCAUCGUGGACCUGCGCUGGUUCGGCAAGAUGAACGCGCCUCAUUCUGAUAACAUGAUGGCAUUCAGUGACGACAUCAAUGAUCGCCAUGGCAUGCCACAGGUCACCUUUUACUACAAGAUCCGCACCCAGGAAGAACGUAACCAGCAGCACGCCAUGAUGGAGGACAUGCUGAGGGCUGCCGGGGCCUUGGGCGGGUUCCUACCGAUAUCACCGCCGCAGUUCAUGCCGAUGGGCCUCUCUCUGCACCUGACGGGCUCGGUGCGUAUGGGUAAAGACCGACUCACUUCUGUUGUGGACGAAUACAGCAAGGUGUGGGAGUUUGACAACCUGCAUCUCGGCGGAAAUGGCGUCAUCCCCACCGCCACAGCAUGUAACACCACCCUCACCAGCUCCGCACUGGCUAUCCGUGCAGCUCACCAUAUCCUGCAGAACUGGAAUGAUAAAGAUUUGGAGCCCAUUCCUGUGGAACCAGACCACAAGCCUGGUAAAACCAAGGAUGUGAAGGGACGCCAUGGUGGUAAACGCCGAAAGAAGGAGGCAAACUAAACAUAAGGAAGCAAAUUUCUGUCGUUGACGUAAGGUCAAUCGUCAAAAUUUGACCAUGGAAGAAUUGUGUAUCUUGGUCGUGCAACCAUUGUGUCGAAUCAGAACAAAAUCGUCUGCUUCAAAACGUCACGGCAGCCCCACGUCAGUGAUACUACUUAAAUCCGUAUAGAUAGACACCAUACUGGGCUUGCUACUUGCUACAAUCAACAGUAUGCGGUGUUUGAAAGUUAAGGGUUGGUUUCGUCAUGAUGCAUUAAAGAUGACAAUAGAAACACUGUGCUUUAAAGGUAUAGUUUAAGCACUUUUGGCUUUGAUUUAUGUAACAUUGAUUCUUGAUCGUCGUCAGCAAUGACCUGAAUAUGACUUCGAUAUGUCUUAGUUACCUAAUGACUGUUACAUUUCACAGGCAAAAGUAGCUCAAUAUGUAGGAUAUUGAUUUCUUGAAAGCGUAACAUCAGGGGCUAAUUAAAGGGUACAUUUCAGCAUUACUUCAUUAAUGUGGUCGUUUAUUGUUUUCUAUUCAACUUUUAAAAACUAUACAAUGUAAGGAAGUAUAACUAAGAAUAUUUCUGUUAUAUUGUAGGUAAACUUCAGUAUCAUCUGUCGAUAUGAUUUUAUAUGUCUAGUACAUAUCUCAGCACAUGGUAUCAUGCUAUGUUAUAAUACUAAUGAUCUUUGAAAUAUACAGAAUAUGGUGAUCAGCUACUGGUUUUGCAGCGAUGUCACAUAAUCUUUACGUGAUGGAAUUCGGUAUUAUUAAAUGUAAUAGGUGUGGA